AUGAGGAUGACUCCAGACACUGAGGAGGCUGUCCGGUGCACGGCGUCCGGCUGCAGCUGUGUGUGUUUCAAACCAGGAAGUGUCCAACUCCGGUCGUGUGAUCGCUGUGGACACGGCUGGGUCCCACACGCCAUGGCGAAGCUCCAGUUUCAGGCCCAGCCUCCCUCCAGCUGCGGCCCAGUGGAGGUGGCCCUCCCUGGGCUGGUGUUUGACCUGAGCUCCCUGGUCCUCUACGGAGCUCAGGCCAUUCCUGUUCGGCUAAAGAUCCUUCUGGACCGUCUCUACAGCAUCUUAACCCCAGAACAGGUCGGACACAUACUGCACACACUGGGCUGGAGUCUGGGGGAUUAUGUUAGAGGGUACAUGCUGCAGCAUCCCAGUGGGAAGGUGUUGGACCGCUGGUUGAUGGUUAGCCCUGAGGAAGAGCUGCUCAUCCUCAAACAGUUCCUCCGCUUUGGCGAGACACGCCCCAUAGUCGACUUGAUGAUGCUUCACUAA